AUUUCAUAAAAUUAAAUAACAAGGAGCAAGACAUAGAAGAGUUAAGAACCGCAAUUUACAAGCUGACCAAUAACAACAGUGCUCUGCUGGCGGCUCAUGCUGUCCUGCAGGCCCAAUUUGAAAGAAACAUCAGUUUUCUACAGGAAAGUCAAGAUGCCCUGCAGUCUCAGUACAAACCUCUGUAUAAGAAACAUGAAGAACUGUCAACGAAGUUCAGUAACCUGAAGAAAUACUACUGUGAUGUUAGAAUUACGUCUCCCGAUAACACUUGCCCUGUAUGUAAAAUGGGAUGGAUCCUCUUCCGUUCCAAGUGUUACUUCUUCUCCACUAAUAAACUGACCUGGAAUGAGAGCCGUGAUUGGUGCCUGGCAAUAGAUGGACAACUAGUGAAUAUAGAAAGCUUGGAGGAGUGGGACUUUUUUAAUACUCUAUAUAAAACCAUCAGAGCUGAAUAUAACCCUCUUUGGAUUGGAAGAGAUGAUAUCAGAGCCAGCUAUCAUGACAAAGAAAAGUGUCCGGGGAUACUGCUGGGGCUGAGCCAAGUGAGUCUAUACGAUUGUACAGUACCUAUUCACUGGAUCUGUGAGUCCGCUGCGUUUCCUGUUCGUAUUUAAACUUCUCUCAAGAGUUCCAGUCACCUGCCAGAGCCGCUGUCUUCAGGAAUCGUAAGGAUCACUUCAUCAGUAAAUCACAGAGCUGCUAGUCUGACGGUCACGUCACUUUGUCAUGUAGGUGACACAGGUAGUGAGUGACAACAUACUCUACAUACUGGACUGGGAGGACAUGAAAGCUGCCAUCUUAUUGUCAUCUCAAUGUUGGUCUGACUGAAUAGACCCCCGGACCCUGAACUGCUCAAGGUGGUUACAGAUAACUGAUGAGAUGAUAAAACCUCAUUUACAUAUGAGAAGAAAGUGCAUGGCUCCUGAUUUUUUUAAAAUAAUUUUAUAUUUGUUUAACAAGCAACUGAAGAUACGUCACCAAUGUGUGUGUCCUGAGUGAUGUGAUAAAGUAUUUAUCCCCUUCCUAGUAUUUUCUGUUUUUUGCAUAUUUUACAUAAUGCAUGACCUCUGACCUUUAUAAAAAUGAAAUAUUAGAAAAAGGAAACCCAAGGAAAUAUAGUACAGUUUGUGAACCUUUCUUUAUUCAAUCAUCAAAGUUAUUAAUCCAACAGCUCAGUGGCCGAUGUGAAGGUGUCAUUGUCCCCAGAGUUUCAG